AUGUACGUGCUAAGGCACACGACGGGAAGCAUACCUAUCCAAAAUACUGAUGAAAACAUAUCAGAAAAGAAGCAAGAAACUAAAAAUACAAAACGAUUGCUUAAUAAAAAUUAUGCUCUAAAGAAGCGGCUUCCAAUCCGCCCAGUUGAGGGUAACAAUGUAAUAUUCGUAACUAAGAAGACUAAUUUUAAGGCUCAGUUGGAUAAAUGUUGUGAUCUUUUAACUAAAGGUGAAAAAGAAAUUAUCUUACAUGGUUUAGGAGCUGCAAUACAAAGAUGCUGUAACCUAGCAUUGCAGCUGGAAACUAUUUUUUCUGGCACCUGCCAACUUGAAGUAAACACUGGCACAGUAGAUCUUGUUGAUGAUUUGGAGCCAUUGGUAGAUGAAUUAGACUUCAGUGCCCAAGUGCGCCAUUCUUCUUCCAUUCACAUCCGAAUAUUUCGAACAGCAAUGCUUAGUGCAAAUCAA